GCCGGAAAGCGGGGCGCGGCCGGGCCCGGAGCGCCUCCGGAAGCCGCGACGACCUCUGACCCCUGGCGACGGCCGCCCCUAAUCAAUGGCAUCAUCAUCAUCGUCGUCAUCGAUUCUGAUACGUUUGCGCGUGUGAAGAAAGUGGAUAUUUUCGGCAACAAAUGAAUAUGGCCAACCCUUUGAGAGGAGAAGUAUUGACUCUUUAUAAGAACCUGCUGUAUCUCGGGAGAGACUAUCCGAAAGGAGCAGCCUAUUUUAGAGCUCGCCUGAAGGCCGCCUUUCUCAAAAACAGAGAUGUGAGCGACCCAGAGAAGAUCAAAGCGCUUAUCGCCCGAGGAGAAUUUGUCACAAAGGAGCUCGAAGCCCUGUACUUUCUGAGAAAAUACCGAGCCAUGAAACAGCGCUACUACACAGAAGAGGACGGAAAAAAGUAAUUAUUCCUCUAAAUGACGUUUAGCGGUUGAGAUAAUGAAGCCUAAAUUCAGAUAAGCGUGAGAGCCUUAGGUUUGUGUCACUGGAAUUAUCACCGCUAAGUCGGAGAGAUUCAGGAUCACCGUCUUAGCUUGACUCACUGCACUGUUUGAAAUACUGUAGUAGCCUCCGACUUUCAGGCCGAGAGGUUGAUCGGAGUUUAUGUCCUUCUGUGGUUCGAUCUUGACUAGCAAUGGGUAUGCCAAUGUAUUGAGCUGGAUUUUUAAAACGUCAGUGUGUCGAGUCCGCUUCGAGGAAUCGAUGCCUGAGCUUGUAAUGGCCCUGAAAUAAAUGUUUUGGAAAGCGACGUCAGUGUGUCGAGUCCGCUUCGAGGAAUCGAUACCUGAGCUUGUAAUGGCCCUGAAAUAAAUGCUUUGGAAAGUGG